CUCAAUCGUCCAUUCGCUGCCAAAGUGGUAGCAACGUGUGCGGGUGAAAGCUGCUCCGUCUGGAAACACACUCUGUACGGCUCGUGUGUGUGCGCUGCUACCUGUUCUUUUGUUUGUUGUGUGCGUUCUCUGCGAUAAGACUUGUAGAUUGCCCAACAUUUUAUCAUAAUCGCAGACAAAUUAUAUAACCCUCGGCUAAUAGUAACACCAUUCGACCCGACCAUGAGCCCCCUCCCCAGAGUCAACAUCGACGAGCCGAAAUAUGAUCAGAACUCGUAUUUGGGCAGGGCCAAGCACUUCUUCCUGCUCACCAACCCGAUCAACGUGCUGGCCUCCCCUGCGAAACUGGAGGAGGCACGCCAGAUCGUGCUAAAGUAUCGGGCCGGCAAGGAUGUGCCCGAGUGCAAGAGCAUUGACGACGUAUGGCGCGCGAAGUACCUGUACGAUUCGGCGUUCCAUCCGGAGACAGGCGAAAAGCAGAUAGUCAUAGGUCGCAUGGCGGCGCAGAUGCCCAUGAACACGAUCAUCACCGGCGGCAUGAUGGCCUUCUACAAAAGCACGGCCGCCGUCGUCUUCUGGCAGUGGUGUAAUCAGACGUUCAACGCUAUUGUCAACUACACGAACCGCUCGGGCACCUCCCCCAUCAGCCAGCCGCAAUUGAUCACCUCUUACUGCUUGGCAACCGGCGGAGCUUUGGCCACAGCCCUGUCCCUGAACCGGGCGGUGAGGAAUAUGAAUCCGCUUGUUGGCCGCCUGGUCCCCUUGGUAGCAGUGGGAGCGGCAAAUUGCAUAAAUAUCCCUUGCAUGCGGAUGCAGGAGCUGCGAAACGGUAUCACGCUAUUGGACGAAAACAACAACGAGAUGGGAAUUUCACAGAAGGCGGCCGUUGUGGGCAUCUCGACCGUUAUCCUGAGUCGAAUCGCCAUGGCCAUUCCGGGAAUGACUCUGACGCCGAUGCUGAUGAAUACCCUAGAGAAGAGGGGAUUCCUGGCUAAAUACCCGCGAUCCAACGCCCCCAUUCAAACGCUCUUCUGCGGUUUCGUGUUGAUUUUCGCCACACCCCUCGGAUGCGCCUUCUUCAAGCAGCGGGCGGGCAUCAACGUGGACAGUCUAGAGUCGGAGGUACGCGACAGUAUCAAGAAGAAGCGUCCGGAUCUGGACACCGUCUGGUUCAACAAGGGUCUUUGAGUCCCUGUUCACUUCAAGAGCUUAACGAAGACAAUAUUGCUUGAUUUAGCUGUCUAUUUAUUUACUCACCUUGCAUUUAUUAGCAUUUUGCCUGUUGAGUUUCAUUUGAAAUACUCAUGAUAUUACUCUUGACCUCACAUUCUUACCGAUCACUACAAGUUGUGACGGUAGGUACUCAAAUUAUACAUCGUAACUGGUAGUGAUUGUGUAAAAGUAAAAGAAACCAAAAAUAAAUUCUGUUAACUGUUUAA